AUGGGUGUUGGCUCUGGCCUCCUAAUAAUCAAUCCUGUGUCUUCGGAUACCAAAGUGUAUUUCCGCGACACAGAUGAGCCGUUCUAUGUUGACGAAGAUCUUUCCGAUUCAGAUGUAGAGGAUGAAUCUGAUAGUAAACGGGUGCAUCGAACGAAGAAGAGUACCGUCCAAGCCAAAGAGCGGAAGCGGAACAAUCGAGUGAAUGCGAAUAGGAAUGAUUAUGGCAAUGAGGGGUUUUUAUUGAUGUUAUGUUAUUACUUAGGAUGUGCAAUCACACUAACAAAACUUCAGAAGAAAGGGAAGAACCAAAAGCUCAAAAUUGUUGAGAUCACAUACGACGAGAAGGUCUUGGUGAGUCGGACGGAGAUCGAGAAGAAGGUCGAACUCUUCGACUUCCCAAAAAAUGCCGACAAGAAGCGCGAGAAGCGUACCAUCAUCUCGACGACGGUCGACAACUUGAUUCUUGACGUCUUAAAAUACUUCUUUGGACUAGUCUUCGACGAAGAAGUGAAGAAGAAGCCCAAAAAGGAUUAUAUCCCCGAGCGAAGAACUUUGGAGAAAAUCGAACUCCAGAAGACUUGGGACAAGAAGAGUUUAAUCGAUGAAGGGGUCAAGUUCUAUGAGAACGUAAAGACUUAUGGCGACAAUAAAGAGUGGAUCCAUUUAUCAAAGAACGAAAUCGACCAACAACUCAUGAAAGGAGUGCAACCAAAAGCUCCAGAAUAUACUUACACCCCUUCUAUUAGUAACGAACAAAACACUCUUGUCGACUAUUCUAUAAAGACGGAGAACGUGGAGGUGAAAAGUGAAAAGAGCGAAUUGGUCUUCGAGAAGGUGAAAAGUGAAAAAUCCGAGACGGUUGAAUCCAUGUUGUAA